UAUUGUUUCUAAAUGUAAACAAAACCGCACAGCGAACAAAUACUCCACGAAACCAAUUCUGUGCUGGAAGAAAGUACACUUCCUACAAAUGUUUAAGUUCCUUUCGAAAGCACUCGGUGUCUGCGGUUAUAUCGUGCAGUAUGGCUGCAUUACACACUGCACCUUCGAGUACAUCGGGGACUUUGUUGUGUGCGUUGGCCCCUCGAUGGAACCGACCCUAACGACGAACAAUGUGCUCAUUACGGAUCGAAUCACUCCAAGGCUCGCGAAACUACAGCGUGGCGAUAUCAUUAUCACAAAAAGUCCCACAAAUCCGGUACAGCAUGUGUGCAAGCGCAUUAUCGGAAUGCCGGGUGAUCGUAUCAUGACACGGGCAUCGUUCAAUUUAAAUCCACUUUCAAACACAUACACCAUUUACACGGCAGUGUUACCGAGCGCCGGCAGUGAAGUGGAUGCCGACGAACAGCGUCCUAAAACGAAAUCACAACAACACUAUGAAGCAAUGGCCAAGUUGCGGGAAAAGGUCGAUUACGUGAGCCAUUCGGUGGAGGAAACGCAAACGAAAACGUUGGAUACGGCCAGCCAGCCGCAGCGUGUCGCAAUGGAUAAUGAUGAACGAGGGAUGGAAAUGGAAAUGCCUCCAGAACCACGGACAAGCAUCGUUACCGUACCGCGAGGACAUCUUUGGAUCGAGGGCGAUAACGUACAAAACAGUUCCGAUUCGCGCAACUACGGCCCGGUACCGAUCGGACUGGUGAAAAGCCGUGCCGUCUGUCGUCUGUGGCCUUUAAGUGAGUUUAAACUAUUCGUCUGAGUGUAUAGAUUAUGGUAAAUUAGCACCGUGCUGCUAUUGUUUUUGCGCUAACUGUGUCCGUGACAUGUUGUUCAUAUGAGAUAUUAAAUUUAAUAUAAGUUAUAGUCGAAUGUCGAAAGUAA